UGAAGUCAGCCCAUGCGCGCUCCCGUGCCGUGUAGAGGCGAAUGCGGCGCUGCAAGGAGGCAGACCCCGAGACUUCAGCCCCCCUUUUCAACACGAAAAUAACACUUAUUUCGUUCCCUAACCGCGUCAUCUGAGGAAUAACAUAGAGUGCUGACUCUGUAGGAUGCAGGGACCGUCUGGCUGGUAGAUGCCUGCAGGCUGUCAAUGCGUGGUGUUCCUGGAGACCGUCUUCAAGGAGAAGUGUUUGGGGUGAGCUGCUGACCGCCCUGCAAGCCGGACCCGGCGUCCUAUCUCUGAUCUCCUGCCAAGGAGACAGCAGUUGCUGCACACUCUACACCUGACCCCCACCCCCGCCCCGUCCCGUCCCCGCCGUCACCAUGGUGCUGUCACAGAGGCAACGUGACGAGCUAAACCGAGCGAUAGCUGAUUACCUUCGUUCCAACGGAUAUGAAGAGGCAUAUUCAGUUUUCAAAAAGGAGGCGGAAUUAGACAUGAAUGAGGAAUUGGAUAAGAAGUAUGCAGGUCUUUUGGAAAAGAAAUGGACUUCAGUCAUCAGAUUACAGAAAAAGGUGAUGGAAUUAGAAUCAAAACUGAAUGAGGCAAAAGAGGAGAUUAAUAUAGGUGGGCCAGUCGGACAGAAGCGAGACCCCAAAGAAUGGAUUCCCCGUCCUCCCGAGAAAUACGCCCUGAGCGGCCACAGGAGUCCUGUCACCAGAGUCAUUUUCCAUCCUGUUUUCAGCGUCAUAGUCUCGGCCUCAGAGGACGCAACAAUAAAGGUAUGGGACUACGAAACGGGUGACUUUGAGCGGACCCUCAAGGGCCACACAGACUCGGUGCAGGACAUUUCCUUCGAUCAUACUGGAAAGCUGCUAGCCUCCUGUUCAGCGGACAUGACCAUUAAGCUCUGGGAUUUCCAGGGCUUCGAGUGUAUCAGGACCAUGCACGGGCAUGACCAUAAUGUUUCAUCUGUAGCUGUUAUGCCCAAUGGAGAUCACAUAGUUUCUGCAUCAAGGGAUAAAACCAUUAAAAUGUGGGAGGUGGCCACUGGGUACUGUGUCAAGACGUUCACCGGUCACAGAGAGUGGGUGCGCAUGGUGCGGCCCAAUCAAGAUGGGACCCUGAUCGCCAGUAGUUCUAAUGACCAGACGGUGCGCGUUUGGGUGGUGGCCACAAAAGAAUGCAAGGCGGAGCUGCGUGAACAUGAGCAUGUUGUGGAGUGCAUUUCUUGGGCCCCUGAAAGCGCCCAUCCCACCAUCCUUGAAGCGACUGGCUCAGAGACCAAGAAGAGCGGGAAACCUGGUCCUUUCCUGUUGUCUGGUUCCAGAGACAAGACUAUCAAGAUGUGGGAUGUGAGCACUGGCAUGUGCCUUAUGACACUGGUUGGCCAUGAUAACUGGGUGCGUGGAGUUCUUGUGCACCCAGGAGGAAAGUUCAUUGUGAGCUGUGCUGAUGACAAGACUUUGAGGAUCUGGGAUUACAAAAACAAGCGCUGCAUGAAGACCUUGAGUGCCCAUGAACAUUUUGUUACCUCUCUGGAUUUCCACAAGUCAGCUCCGUACGUCGUCACCGGGAGCGUAGAUCAAACAGUAAAAGUGUGGGAGUGUCGCUGAUCGCACCCGCAGGACCCUUCACGACACCUCCACGCUCCCCUCCACCCCCCCCCCACCCCGCCCGGACCCCAUUCCACUUCCCUCCUCAGCUUCCUCCUGCUCUUCUGGAUGCACUCGAAAACACCACGGUUAUCACCCACCGAGCUCCGGUUCAAUAACGUGUCCUUUUAUGUAAAUUAUUCUGGAUGUAGAUCGAGCUAUUAAAUGAAAAAAAAAAAAGUAUUCUUGCAUGGUGAAUCCAAAACUGUAUACUGUAAAUUUACAUAAUGUUGUCUAGAAGUACCAUAGGUUUAACACAGGCUGAUCUUUCACUCAGCCUGACCUACCGAAGGCAGAAGCUGACUGGGUUAAAAUGUAGGGCACUAAACUGAUAAUUUAAUGACAGUGUCUUGAUUUAUUUUGUCUGUUUUGUUUUGUUUUGUUUUCUUCCACUGUCUUAGUCUGUUUGUGCCUAGCUUGGAGACCUUUCAAGGGGCAAAGGCUACAGAACGAACCUAUAACGCUGAGGUGGAGAGUUAAUCUGAUGGGGCUUGUUAUCGGAGUUAUUCUGUAGCUUUGUUACAUCACUUCUGGAGUGUACUUACCAUUCUCUUCUUGUGGAUUUAGAUAACAUUUAAUGGUUGCAUCUAAGAACGUUUCAUGUGUUUUGUCUGGAAACCUUUGGGAAUAAAUCUUUGUACGCUUGUCAUGACACGUCCUACUGAGAAGUACAAUCCCAGAGACAUGACGUUACACUGUAAGAGAGAUUGUGCUUAAUUAUAGGAGUCAAUUUGUAUGCUACUCCUGCAUCCAAAAAGCCAUGCUGCAUAGUGGGCGGCAAGAGUAUUUUCUUUCUUUUCCCUCAAUCAGAGAUAGCUUUAGUAAAGAUUUUGUUUUUGACCUCAACGGUCAGUUGUGUCACUCAGGAGCACUUCAACGUUUAAGUAUAGUAACCGUUGCCUCUACGAAGCACUUGAUUUGGCCUUCAAGUUGGAUUCUGAUGAUUCUUCCUUUGUUUAAUGAUCUCGUUGCCCCUAUGGCAGUUACGCUGAGUUCACGAAAGACAUUUGACGUGGAUAUCGCAACCCUCAGUUUGGACCUAAGGUGCAAAGCAUGACAAGGGCUCAAAGUUUCCUCUCAUCAGGGGGGGAUGUGCAAAAAUCUGUCCUAAAAGAAUGGGUGCAAAGAUUUCCAUGCUGAUAAAAUGGAACACUCGAUACUAUGGGAAGCUCAAUCUUAGAUAAUAAACCUAUUGAGGAGUUGAGGAGCUACAAACGAAUGAUCUGCCUGUUCUCUCUGUGGAGAGUCCUGAUGGUGACUCCUAUUGUAAAGGGAUCUUCAUACUGUGGACCAUCCCUAAAAUAACCACAGGUGCUCAAGCCAUUACUUUAGUGUGACGAGUGGCACGUUCUUGCUAUAAAUGUACAAAUGAAUACACAAUGGGAAAUGAUUUGAUAAAUCCUAAACAUGGAGAUAACCAUUCCAUAUCUUUUGCGAAGACAAAAAACAAUUAAAUUGCACAUCCCUGCUAUUGUUAGAUCUUCAGUCACGUCGGACUGAAGGCGUACGUGAUGUAAGGCUUCAAAAUGCAUAACGGAUAUCAUUUUAAUUAGCCUUUUCAUUCCAAUGCAAUUAUAUAAUAAAGAAUUCACUGCUUAACCAUGCUAUUAUCAAGCGAUUUCCUGUUGUGUGUGUGCUGGAUGUACCUAAUGCUGCUGAAAAUCUGAUAGUGACUAGUCUGAGAUCUGUACCUGUCCACGUAGCACUGCUGCAUGUAACCGUACUGAAGAUUGAGCUGUCUGGUGGGGGAACCAACCAUCAUGAAAUGCGCUAUGAUUGGUUUAAGAAGCUGGACGCCCUACCAGAUAGGUCAGCUGGCAUGCUAACUGUGGGCCGCUCAGUACGUGGUUGUAGAGGCCGAUCUGUGUGUGCUUGUAUGAAGGAAGAUGACGACUUUAUUUCGCUAUGGGAUUGUGGCAGACUGAGCAACCUAAGGGAGAAGUGUCAAUCACAAGAAAAGCACCAGUGAUUCCUUUUUUUAGUUUCUUGAUGCUGGUGGAGACGAUUGACAUUUUGGUUCUUCAGUCACUUCGCUGUUUUAUGAAGUACAGAAAUACAGUUGAGGUUAAAAGUUAACAUACACCUUGCAGAAUCUGCAAAAUGUUAAUUAUUUUACCAAAACAGGAGGGAUCAUACAAAAUGCAUGUUGUUAUUUUUAUAUAGUACUGAUCUGAAUAUGAUAUUUCACAUAAAAGACGUUUACAUAUAGUCCACAAAAGAAAAUAGUUGAAUUUAUAAAAAUGACAUACAUACACUUGAUUCUUAAUACAGUGUUGUUACCUGAAUGAUCCACAGCUGUGUCUUUUUGUUUAGUGAUAGUUGUUCAUGAGUCCCUUGUUUGUCCUGAACAGAAACUGCCCGCUGUUCUUUGGAAAAAUCCUUCAGGUUCGACAGGUUCUUUGGUUUUUCAGUGUUUUUGUGCUGAAAACGGUGAACUGUAUGAUUUUGAGAUUCAUCUUUUCACACUGAGGAUAACUGAGGGACUCAUAUGCAACUAUUACAGAAGAUUCAAACGCUCACUGACGCUUUAGAAGGAACCAAUGCAUCAAGAGCUGGGGGGUGAAAACUUUUGGAAUUUAAAGAUCAGGGUAAAUUUAACUUAUUUUAUCUACUGGGAAACAUGUAAGUAUCUUCUGAGGGGCAGUACUAAAUGGAAAAAAAUAUGAUAUUUAGGCCAAAAAAGACAAAUGUACACAUCUUCAUGCUGUUCAAAAGUUUUCACCCCCGGCUCCCAAUGCAUUGUUUUUCCUUCUGAAGCAUCAGUGAGUGUUUGAACCUUCUGUAAUAGUUGCAUACGAGUCCCUCAGUUGUCCUCAGUGUGAAAAGAUGGAUCUCUAAACCAUACAGUCAUUGUUGGAAAGGGUUCAAAUACACAAAAAAGCUGAAAAACCAAAGAAUCUGUGGGACCUGUAGAAUUUUACUGAAGAACAGCAGGCAGUUUAACUGUUCAGGACAAACAAGGGACAUGUGAACAACUAUCACUAAAUAAAAAAAACAGCUGUGGAUCAUUCAGGUAAUAACGCACAUUAUUAAAAAUCUUUUGAACAGGGUCAUUUUUAUAAAUUCAAUUAUUAUUUUCUCUUGUGGACUAUAUGUAAACAUUUUAUGUGAAAUAUCAUAUUCAGGUCAGUACUAGAUAAAAAAAAUAACAUGCAUUUUGUAUGUUGACUCCUAUUUUGAUGAUAAAAUUAACAUUUUGCAGAUUCUGUAAGGUGUAUGUAAACUUUUGACCUUAACUGUAUACUGAAGCUGUAAACCUAAACCAAAAAAGUGUGUAAUUUUGGACAAAAAUAUCACUGAAUUGCAUCAUUUGUAAGUUAAACAUGUAUUUACAUUGUCCACAGUUUGUUGUCCCCAUAAGCAGCGCUACUCCCUUACGAUUGGCGUUUCUCAAGACCUUAAAUGAAGGUCUUGCCUGGUUUGACAAUGAUGGUGUCCUGUUUCUGUGUGUCCAGAGAGAAGGUUUGCCAUUCGCAGGUCCCAAACAAUCCCACUGCUGCACAUGCUGGAUGGGUUCAUGUACAGACAGACUCAUGAAGGUCCUGUCUGUAGGUCCAUCCUCCAGCCACAGGUCUAUCAUCAGCUAUUACUUUGUGAAUAGAUUGGAGGCUUCAGACUUCACAGCUUGAAUGGGACUUUUUGCUUUUUAUGGUAUCACUGUUCACACAGCCAAUUGUUAACAAUAUAUCUGGAUGUUAUUGUUUGCAACAUAAUUAAAGAAAAAAUAUGAA